AUGUUAUGUGUAAAUGGUGAGAAAUGUGUCUUCUUCUCCGGUGUGUGGGAUGUGCCCCGGUGUGUGGGGUGUGCCCCGGUGUGUGGGGUGUGCCCCGGUGUGUGGGGUGUGCCCCGGUGUGUGGGAUGUGCCCCGGUGUGUGGGGUGUGCCCCGGUGUGUGGGAUGUGCCCCGGUGUGUGGGGUGUGCCCCGGUGUGUGGGAUGUGCCCCGGUGUGUGGGGUGUGCCCCGGUGUGUGGGAUGUGCCCCGGUGUGUGGGGUGUGCCCCGGUGUGUGGGGUGUGCCCCGGUGUGUGGGAUGUGCCCCGGUGUGUGGGGUGUGCCCCGGUGUGUGGGGUGUGCCUCGAUGUGUGGGGUGUGCCCCGGUGUGUGGGGUGUGCCCCGGUGUGUGGGGUGUGCCCCGGUGUUUGGGGUGUGCCCCGGUGUGUGGGAUGUGCCCCGGUGUGUGGGGUGUGCCCCGGUGUGUGGGGUGUGCCCCGGUGUUUGGGGUGUGCCCCGUUGUGUGGGAUGUGCCCCGGUGUGUGGGAUGUGCCCCGGUGUAUGGGAUGUGUCCCAGUGUGUGGGAUGUGCCCCGGUGUGUGGGAUGUGCCUCGAUGUGUGGGAUGUGGCCCGGUUUGUGGGAUGAUCUCCUUUACCGUUAA